GACAGGCAGGAGGUGCGAGGAGGCGGGGCUCGCCUUUGAAGCCUUGCUGCUGGGAAGGUCGGCUGGGGAGUGCCGGGUGCUGCGGGGAGGGCGAGCGGACACGCAGCUGGAGCUAAGGAGACGCCCGAGCAGCGCCUGUGGCGGCGGCGUCUAGUCCUGGCUGCCACUUCUGCCUCCCGCUGCGGCCUUCAGCUUGCAAGCCCGAGCUCUGAGGGCGCUUCCCCGGGCGCUGAGCCCGAGGCGGCCAAAACGGCGGGCCGGCCGGGCGCAGGGCGGCGGGCGCUGUGCUGCACGCUCCGCUGGUGGGGGGCGGCAGGCCGCGGCGCGGGUCCAGGGCUUGGCGCGUGCGGCUGGGAGGCGCUGUGGGGCGCGGGCGCGCGUGCGGCGGUCGGGGCAAUGGCUGAGGGCGGCGGGGGCGCGCGGAGUAGGGCUCCAGCGCUGCUCGAGGCGGCCCGCGCGCGAUAUGAGAGCCUACACAUCUCCGACGAUGUGUUCGGGGAGUCGGGCCCAGAUAGCGGCGGGAACCCUUUCUACAGCACCUCGGCCGCGUCGCGCUCCUCUUCGGCCACCUCUUCGGACGACGAGCGCGAGCACUCUGGCCUCCCGCGGGCGCCCAGUGUUCCCGAGGCUCUGGAACCCGAGGAAGAUGAGGCUGGCGCAGGCUGGAGCGCCACGCUGCGAGACCGCCCGCCCCCGCACUUCGAGGACACAGGAGGCCCAGCCCGAAAGAUGCCCCCCAACGCCAGUGCCAUGGACUUCUUCCAGCUCUUUGUCCCAGAUAAUAUCCUCAAAAAUAUGGUGGUGCAAACUAACAUGUAUGCCAAGAAGUUCCAGGAACGGUUUGGGAGUGACAGCGCCUGGGUAGAGGUGACACUAACUGAGAUGAAGGCAUUCCUGGGCUACAUGAUCUCCACCAGCAUUUCCCACUGCGAGUCAGUCCUCAGCAUUUGGAGCAGUGGCUUCUAUAGCAACAAGAGUCUUGCCUUUGUCAUGAGCCAGGCUCGCUUCGAGAAGAUUCUCAAGUACUUCCAUGUUGUGGCCUUUCGCUCCAGCCAGACCACACAUGGCCUCUACAAGGUUCAGCCCUUCCUUGAUUCCCUGCAGAAUGGCUUCGAUUCUGCCUUCAGACCUUCCCAAACCCAGGUGCUACAUGAACCCUUGAUUGAUGAGGACCCUGUGUUCAUUGCGACAUGCACGGAGCGGGAACUGCGAAAGAGGAAAAAGAGGAAAUUCAGCCUCUGGGUCAGACAGUGUUCUUCCACUGGUUUCAUCAUCCAGAUUUAUGUCCACCUGAAGGAAUCUGGGGUCCCAGAUGGACUGGAUGCAUUAAAGAAUAAGCCUCAGCUCCACAGCAUGGUGGCCAGGAGUUUAUGCCAGAAUGCAGCAGGCAAGAACUACAUCAUCUUCACGGGGCCCAGCAUCACCAGCUUGACACUGUUUGAAGAAUUUGAAAAGCAAGGGAUUUACUGCUGUGGCCUGCUCAGCUCCAGGAAGAGUGACUGCACUGGCCUGCCAUUGUCCAUGCUGACAAACCCAGUCAAUCCCCCAAUCCGGGGCCAACACCGAAUCAAGAUGAAGGGGAAUAUGUCCCUGAUUUGCUGGUACAACAAAGGAUACUUCCGCUUCUUGACUAAUGCCUACUCACCCAUGCAGCAAGGAAUGAUCAUCAAGAGGAAGAAUGUGGAGAUCCCUUGUCCCUUGGCUGUGGAAGCAUUUGCUGCUCACCUUAGCUAUAUCUGCAAAUAUGAUGACAAGUACAGCAAGUAUUUCAUUUCUCAUAAACCAAACAAGACCUGGCAGCAGGUAUUCUGGUUUGCCAUCAGCAUCGCUAUCAAUAAUGCCUACAUCCUGUACAAAAUGUCAGAUGCCUACCAUGUGAAGAGGUAUAGCCGAGCACAGUUUGGUGAGAGACUUGUGCAGGAGCUGUUGGGCCUGGAAGAUGCCUCUCCAACACCCUGAUGCUCAGGUGUCAGUAAGGACAAGGUCAAUGGAGGAGUGAGAGUUGGAAGAGCCUACUCUUUAAUCUGCUUAAUAAGAGACUUGAAGACACCCUAUGGUAUAACUGAGUCUGGGAGGGGAGCUCAAAAUCCUCUGGAAGUACAAGGAGAGAUCUGGUCAGAAGAUAACUGUGUCCUGGUGUCCAUUCAGAUAGUGUGUCCUUCCUCCAAGAAAUGCCCACCCUCCUUGUGGCAAACACUCUACAAUGGCAGAGCACCAGACCCAGACCUUACAUGCCAACCAGUGCUGCUGUCCAGUCCUCACAACACCCACAGAGCCUGUAGGAGCUCAUCUCUGAGCACUGUUGAAAUAGGAAAACUGUUACAACCAAAGGUGCCAGGUGUAGGAUGAGCCGUAGCAUGUUUUGCUAGUAAUGCCUGUUUUGUAAAGAUGAAAAGACAUUUACAGCAUGAUUGGAGUUCAUGCUAUAUUUAAAGGAAACAAACAUUGGAUCUGCACUGCUAAAAUGAUUCAGGUGUAAAUAGAAGGCCAGAGAUUUUUCCAGCAUUUGCCUCAUGUAAGCAGUUUAGAGCAGGUCUCAUAGAAGAAACAGGUUGGGUACCAUUAAAACGAUGAAAUGGGCAGUGAUUGUCUAUUCUGAUUAAUUAAUGAGGUCUUCCUGCUCAUCUCAUCUGUUCAGCUACUGGAUAGGAGAGAAAGGAAAAUGCCAAUAGAAUCUCAGUGAAGUGUGAUGCUAUUUUUUAUUUUUAAAUAUAUUUUCAGGUUAUUUUCUUACCUUUGCUUCUGUGAAAGGAAAAUGCCCCUACUUCUUUUCUCCCCUUUCACCCUUCUGCCUCACCGCACUCAUGGCUUCUUGCAUGAUCAUGGUAGUGUUCUGUGACCUGCCCCAUGCCUGGGUCAGAAAAGGCAGCUUGCUUCCAGAACAAACACCCCAUUAAGCACUGGGAGACCUAUGGGUCUUGAGCUUUGUUGCUGUUGUUACCUUUGGCAAAAUUAUUUGUUUUGAAAAUAUGUAGCAUUGCUGUAACAAACAAGUCUCUAUGCUAGACACCUUGCUAAUUCUCUUUCCCUUGUGUGCAAUAAACUGGCAGUGUUUACCAGUAUCAGUCCACAUCAUAGAAAUGGUGUGGCUAGGCUACUAGCUUCUUGGUGUUAUUUUCAGUGGGGCCAGGAGCUUGCCCACCACAGGACUGAAAGGACCUCAUGACCAAUAACUGGCAGCAAGGGCUCUGCUUAUUUUUCAAAACAUCCUGGGCUCUUUUCAAACCAAGGUUCACAUGUUCAUGGAAGACCACAGCCAAAAAGGUCAUCUGGUCUGACUAUUUACCCCAGACAAUAAACAUGUAAUUUCUGGAGUUGCGCUUCCCGAUUCAGUCCAAUUUACGUAGCCCCUCAUUUUUACAAAUGUAAAAUUUAUUCUACUCAGUCUUUGGGACUUUUUUUUUCUUGUUCAUAUUCAGUUAAUUAGAAGUGUUGCUAGCAGCAUGCUCCUAGACUCUACAUUAUUUCUGUAUCUUAGGUUCAUGGUGAUUACCCUUGCCCUGUGGUUUUAAUUUGAUGCCAUGCAUUGUAGGCAAUAUUUUAGAUUGUUUAAAAUACUUUUGUUGUGUCCUUUAAUUAGAUUGAAAGCACUUUUACCACAUGGAGAAAUAUAUUUUUAAUUUAUGAUGCUUUUCUACAAGGUCACUAUUUCUGAGUUUAAUGUGUUUCAAAUACUUAGGGAGACUAUUGAAAGGUGAAUUUUCUUUUCUGUCCAAAUAAGUAAAAUAAUAAUAAAGUCUAUUUAGAUGUUGA